CUUUAGAAUUUUCAUCAUUUUUUUCCUUUCAUGAGUAAAUGUCACUCUUUGGAGAGGCGUCAGUAUACUUCCAAAUUUUCAUAUAACUGAUCAAUUCAAUAACUUCAGAGUCGUCAACGUGGUGAAAGAUGCUUGACGUAUAUCUGUAAAAAUCAAAAGACAAGCUUGAGACAAGACAAAUGCCGGGCAUCGCCGGACAUUUUGAAUGAGAUGUCAAAAUCGUCGGGUUCACGUGACCCACUCUGCACUUGAAUCGUGAGUCAUCUCACUUUAGGACAUUAAACACAGUCUUUACGUAUGUACAUAAAUACUGAGUAAUGCUGAUCUAAAAUGUGUGUAGGCUUCGUGAAAAUGUUGAACAUAAUGAAAAUAACACCAUUGCAUUCUUAUCAUUACGAAUAUACCAUCGCAAUGUGGAUGUAUGUACAAGUUCGGUGCACAAGUUAUAGAAAAGCUGCUGCAAGCUAGAAGAAGUGUAAACGAACGAGCGAAGGAAGGUAUUAGAGAAACAGUCAUGCGAAUUGCCUCGAUAUUCCUCUUAUUUGCUACGAGUUGCGCCAAUCUAGAGGAAUGUCUAUCCGAAGACGCAAAUUACACACUUACAAAAUACACUUCCUUGAUAUAUCAGGUUCACAAUUAUUACCGUACUUCCGGUGCGUUUAUCUUAUACGGCAGGUCAUUUAAUGCAUUUGAAUAUCUCGACACAUUAAAUGCCCUCUGGAAGGACCUAUCCUCUGAGGGCGUAUUGGCUGCGUCCAUGGACUUUACUUUUCUUGGAAAGAAAAUUCAUUAUCUUUAUAGGAGUACAUCGAGACCCUUAUUCGUCGUAUACAUAAGACACAGUCGAAAUCUAAUGGAGUUUGUCCAUCUGUCAAGCACCAUACACAUGUCUUACGCUGUGUGGCUCAUCAUUUUUUCAAGCAAUAUCGAUGGCAACUUGUGCCCGGACAUCAGCAAGUCAGGAUAUUCAUUUGCUCUGCCUUUGGACGUUGAAACUCUCGUGCUCUGCGAGGACGAACAAAUUAUUUGGGAAUGGUACUACGACGAUGGACGAAUUACUUUGACGACCUUAGCUAGCUGGAGUCAUGGAGUCUUUGAAAUGAGAGCCAAUACAAGCUUUUACAUGAGAAGAUCAAAUUUGAAUGGAAAGCAGCUGCAAGCUACACUCGUGAACAUGAAUCUGGUUGGCCAUGUUCCCGGCACUCAUAUUGACAAGAAAAUCAUCCCAAUGCUAAUGAAUGAGCUUCAAAGUAUCAUGAACGUUGCUUUGAAGCUGCCUAAUAACGAAUCGCACUUUGGGAACGUUGAUCGUGCAACUGGAAACUGGACGGGAGCCAUCGCGCAACUGAUCCACGGAGACAGUGAAAUGGGCUUUGGCGAGUUUACCAUGACGACAGACCGCUUAGAAGUCAUCGAUUUUUCAUUGCCAUUUUCAUUGUCAAAGUCGAAGCUUUAUAUCAAAGAACCGGAUAAAACUGUACCGUGGACAGGACACUUCCAGGCAUUCAGCUUUGGAAUUUGGAUAACCAUUCUCGGUAUAGUUCUUGUUGUUCCAAUCCUACUUACUCUUAUCAAAUUCAAAAACGGUACGAGCUUCUUAUAUCUGCUCGCCGAGAAUUAUCUUUACGUUUGGGGAAUCUACUGUCAGCAAGGAUUGUCUGAAUUUCCAACGAAUACAACGGUGAGGCUCGUACUCUUCUCUGUAUUUCUAUCGGCCACCAUUGUGUCGGCUGCUUACUCAGGAUCAUUAACAAGUUAUCUGGCUGCGUCCGGGGUGGUUUUGCCCUUCACCACGAUGCAAGGCUUCAUCGAGGAUGGUUCUUAUAAAAUGAUAGUGUUUCAGGCCAGUGCAGAUUACGAUUUGUUCGUGGUGCGUGAGAAGGAAACAUCGAAAAACACUAUGGCGAGAAAGAUGCGGUCCUUACUGAAACCGGCACACAAGCUACCAACGACCGUGACGCAAGGAUUUCAAGAGGUCUGCAACGAGAAGGUGGCCUUCUUCGUAGAGGAUGCAAUUGUCGAUACCAUCAAUAUCUAUUUACCUUGUAAAGUUGUCGGCAUCGACAGCGGUUUCGAGAGUAGUACUGGUUUAAUAUUAAGAAAAAAUAGUAUGUACACCCGCCUGCUGAACUUCCAUAUACAGCGUCUCUUGGAAAAUGGACUACUGAACCGAAUGAGAAAACGCAUUUCAACAGUGUCCAAGCAAGGCAGGAAUAUUUUACCGGAGGUGGAACUCUGGGGCAUCGCUCUCAUCCUGGCAUUGAUUACUGGCGGUAUGCUCCUGUCUUCGAUCAUUCUGAUUUUUGAGAUUGUGAUCCACAAUCAUCAGAAUGGUCAUAUACGGAGGAAGCAUUCCAGAGACUUGUUAUUUUUGAAAAUGCAAAAACGUCAUGCCAAAAUGAAUAGUGAAGGAGCAAAAUCGACAUUGUAAGGUCCGCAGAAUUUAUAAAUAGCAUAGAUAAUUUUCGUUAGCGUCCAUAUGCGUUAACUAUAUAAAUAUACGUAUACAUUCGUGCAUAAAUUGUUUCAUUAAUAUUUAAUGAACAUUCUUUUUUUAAUUGUUUUCUUAUACAGAUGACUAUAAUUAUCGUUUUAUUUACAAAUACGUACUACGUUUUCGUUAAAUUAUCUGUCAAUAAUUUGAAUAAACUUAAUCAAGGAAAAUAAAGUUGAUAUGAAUUGUUAAAGUUCAUUUAAAUUUAUUAGUGUCUCUAAGAUCUCAUAUCACCUUUUUGACAAAUAUGAAAUUGGGUCUAUUCAGCAGUUCAAAAGUAUAAUGAAGCUUGACCAACGGCUCAACGAGUUUAAACUAAAGUUUUUCAAUAGUUUCUGCGAAGUAUUUUGUUCAAGGGUAGGAAAAGUAUAAUAGUUCGGAGAAAGUGAGAAAGACUGCGGUGGUAAAGAUCUUAUCACGGAAGAAAGCUCCACGUCCCGUCGAUAAUACUGAAUAAUUGAUAUUCAGGCAUGCAGAGAACGUAGUGAGCAUUAAGAGCGCGAACGAUAUGUGUCGGAGACACGCGAGGAACUUUAUCGUAAU